CUUCCACUCAGGAUGAGAGUCAACAUGUAGUCCAUGCAUUUGCAUUACAUUUCAUGUAGUAAUCCGUUUUUUAACCCAAGUAUAUAUUCAUGUUUUCAUUUUCUUGGACAAAUGGACGACAUCAUAAAUCCGGAAAAUGACGGAGAUCUUCUGGCUCAAAUUGAAGAGGUUGAGGCAUUGUCUUCUAUAUAUGGGGAUGAAUGGUGUGUCAUAGACGAAGCAUCCAGAAUAUUUUGCAUCAAAAUAUCCAAUGACUCGGAGGAAUCAAAACUGACAGCAUGUUUGCAGAUAAUUCUCCCACCUGAUUAUCCAAGUGCCGCCCCGCCCAUCUACCAGAUCAAUGCCGCGUGGUUACGAGGCCUGGAGAGGACCAAAUUGGCAAACAGCCUGGAGGACCUCUAUGUGGAGCAUGUGGGGGAUAGCAUCCUCUAUCUCUGGGUUGAGAAAAUCAGAGAGUUCCUCGUCGACAAAUCCCAGAGCUCAGAAACAGUGAAUCAACCAGAGAAUGUGAACAUGACGGCAGAGGAGGAGGAAGAGGAUGAUGAUGAUGAAGAAGACAUGCCAGACUUCAGGAGUCUCAAGCUGAACACAGAAAAUGCUCAUCUGUUUAUGGAUCCUGCAAAAGAUGAAGAGCCACCUCCUAUAAAACAUGGAAACACCUUCACAGACCGACGCAGCACCUUCCAGCCUCACUUAGCACCUGUGGUGACUCCCAGACAGGUUAAAAUGGUCCUGGAGAAGCUGUAUGAGAACAAGAAGAUUGCUAGUGCCACUCAUAAUAUUUAUGCAUACAGGAUUUACUGCAAGGACAAAAACAGCUUCCUGCAGGACUGUGAGGACGAUGGCGAGACAGCUGCGGGGGGGAGGUUGCUCCAUUUACUGCAGAUUCUGGAUGUGCGAAACGUCAUGGUGGUCGUGUCUCGAUGGUACGGAGGUAUUUUGUUGGGUCCUGACCGAUUCAAACACAUAAAUAACUGUGCUAGAAAUAUCCUGGUGGAGGAAGGAUACACUGCCUCCACGGAUGAGGCCACCAAAUCUGGAGCGAAGAUCAAAAGGCCAAAAAACAAGAAGAUGAAAUGAAUAUAAGAGGAAGAUAAAAAGACUUUUAUUCAAACACAUUUUCAGCCUUUUGAGAAGGUUGUUUAAAUGGUGUCUUAAUGGAGUCAAACAGGGUUUUUUUUGCAAUUGCAAAUGAUGUAUUCAAAAUCAUAAGUAUUUCAAUAUAUUUAAGCAACGUUUAAUUAUUUUAGCUGUUCACCUCAACUCUGGAGCUUACAUCAUAGCAUUUUGACUGAGAAGCGUUGAACUGAAAUGUUUUCAUUAAAACAAUCAAACCUUGA